GGAGAACUUUUUAGGAUGUUGAGUCAGUGUCUGUGCAGAAAACAAAUUCUCUGACUCAGUAUUUGGAUUUCAUUAGUCUGUAUCUUUCACUUCCACAGCUGGCUUUCCAAAGCUUCACAUAGACUGUGGAUCCCUAUUUUGGACCAUCUGAACAAGCCAGAUCCCUGAAGGAAAUCGAAGACCCUUGGCUGCGUUUGGCAGCACCGAAAACAAUGGAGGAGGGAACCCGGGACGCCAACCCCACCAAGGCGAUCCAGAAUCCAAACGCUGACAAGCAGGGUCUGAAUAAAGACUCUGACGCUGGGUCUGUACCAGGGGCAGCCGUCCCAGUGAGACCUGCCAACCUCGGGCUGAUUCGAAGCCUGUCCAAGUCGGACUCUGACUUACUGGCGUCGCCGCCUGGAGAGGAGGACAGAGGUCUGGCCAGCUGCGGCGGGUCCGUGUAUGACUGCAGCUCUGGGCAGCCGUCCACGGAGCACAUGCCUUCCUUUGCCUCUGAGUGGGAUGAGAUUGAGAAGAUCAUGACGUUGAUUGGGGCAGGCAUCAAAACAUCUGAAACCAAACAGCCCAUACGAAGCUCAGAUGGGGCCUGUGGUAAAGCCCUGGACCAGCCGGUGGGAGAGUGGCUGGAGCACGUGGGGCUGCCGCAGUACGAAAACAAGUUCCUGCUCAAUGGCUUUGACGACCUACGAUUCAUGGGGAGUAACGUGAUGGAGGACCAAGAUCUCAGAGACAUGGGGAUCACUGACCCAGGACACCGAAAGAAGAUCCUCCAUGCGGCGCGGGGCUUGCCAAAGGUGAAAGCACUGGGCUGUGAUGGCAGCACAUCUCUCGCCUCGUGGCUGGAUUGCCUUGGCCUGCACGAAUAUCUGCCCAACUUUCUUUCAAAUGGCUACCGUACGCUGGAGUGUGUGAAGAACCUCUGGGAGCUGGAGAUUGUUAACGUAAUUAAGAUUGGUCUUCUAGGCCAUAGAAAGAGGAUCAUUGCCUCUCUAGCAGAGAGACCGUAUGAGGAAGCUCCCUCCAAGUCUCGUCGCCUCUCCCCAAUUAUGUUUCACGACCUCCUGUCCCAGACCACAUCUCCCCUCAGUCAGAUGGACCCUUACACCAGUCGCUCCAUGGACACACUCCUCCCUCAGAGUGAGUCGGACCGGAGGCGGAGAGGAGUAGACCAUGACUGCAGCAUAUCCCUGCGAUCUUAUAAUGAGAGGCCGCGCUCUGUAGACAGACACAGCGAACGACACAAAGAGUCUCGAUUAAACCUCCGGCCGCCGAGCCAAUCCGCCACGUAUGCCACAGUGUCCGCCUGGCAUCACCAGCCCGAGAAACUCAUCCUGGACUCCUGCGGGUACGAGGCAACGUACUUAGGAUCAAUGAUAAUCAGGGAUCUGCGGGGGAUUGAAUCUACACAAGAUGCUUGUGCUAAAAUUAGGAAAUCGAAGGACUCAAAAAAGGGUCCAGUUGUCAUACUGUCCAUUACGUACAGAGGGGUCAAGUUCAUCGAUGCAGCCACAAAGACUAUCGUUGCAGAGCACGAGAUCAGGAAUAUCUCGUGCGCUGCCCAAGACCCAGACGACCUCUGCACGUUUGCAUACAUCACCAAGGAUCUGAAAAGCGGACACCACUUCUGUCACGUCUUCAGCACUGUGGAAAUAACACAGACCUAUGAGAUCAUCCUAACUCUGGGUCAAGCAUUUGAAGUGGCUUACCAAAUGGCAGUUCAGGCUAGGGCGAGACAGUACGUACCCCCUUCAUCGACUACGGGCCCGGAGUUUAUAGAAACCAAAACCAGCCGUCCGGUGUCUCAAUCGUGGAACAGCAUGCGAAGAUCGGCGGGUGCCCCACUGCUCGAUUGCCGCUGCUGUCACUGUCACACGUGUACUACCCACCGUCCUUCCUUCCUCCCGUUGCACUCUGUUAGCCCUGGAAUCCAGAUUGACCCCCUGGAGCUGGAUGCGGACAUGCAGUCCCUGGGCAGCACCACCUGGCUCUGUGACCACCGGGACUCCAACCGCCGUCCCGUCAGCACCAACCUGUCCUGUCUUACCAGGCAUCUACCACUGUGAGGCUCUAUGAGGAGGGAUGCAAGACGGACAAUUAAUCAAUGAAAAGACAAAACAGCAACUUGCAGCAAACAGCAUUUUUCUCCUUCUUUUCUACUCAUUGUACAGAAUUCACAGUUAAGACUACAAAGGACCGGUCAUAAAUCUGCCCCUGAUGUCGGAACUUGCAAGAACUAAGAACUUGAACCUCACACACACCGAAGGACAACUUUCCUACGAUUUACCGAGGACAACAGCCUUAUGUCAUUGCAGUUACUUGUAUGAAAUUCAAAUCCCACCUGUCCCCGCCCUCCCAAACAAACCACCCAACAACUGCACGCCUCCGACUUGUUGAAAGACUUGUUUAAAAAAAAAAAAAGAAAAAAAAAGACACUUCUUGUGAUUUCCUAGUAUAUUAAAUUGACUGUGACUGGCCGGGAGGAUGUGUGUUCGCCGAUGAUACAGGUUUGUCUGGAUGAGUCUUUGCCCUGGCCUUGUACUGCCCAGUGCCUGUCAGCAUUAACGGUAGCGCUGAGAGCCUCCAAAUCAAGAAAUCUUCUGCUUGUCCAUAAAAAAUGAAUUAAAAAAAAAAAUAAAAAAUACACUCAGAUACACAAACACACACAAAGCACUGUGUAAAAAACAACAACAACAUAGCACUAUCCCUUUUAAAUCCUUGUUUUCUUACAGUGAACGUAAGAUAUAAGUGCAUUUUGUGAUACUUUUUAAUAUACGGGGGCUAAUGAAGCAUCUCGGGACAGAAUGAUUAAGAAUUGAUCAUAAAGGAUCCCAACAUUUUUACAAACAUCAAGGAGAACGACAAACAAAAAAGUGAAAACAUUUUGCAUAUUUACAUUGGCUCUAUAUUUCACCUAUUUUUUUAUCGUAAACUGCACUUCAACAUGAUUUUUGUUUUCGGGGGUGAAUCAUUUCCCUACAAGACAUCUUAUUAUCACGAUUACACGGGUAGGUAUCUAUUUCACACCGAUUUAGAAUUAAGACACAAUACACGCUAAAAUAUGUCACUCCAAAAUAAACUGGGGUAAAGAGAUUUGAUUCCACUGCACGGAAAGAGCCAAAUCUAAACGUCCUUCUGGUGUCAUGUUGAUGCGAAUAGCUUUUGUUAUGCUGGGAACGUGACAUCUUUUUUUAAGCGUAUGCCUCCUGCACUGUGAUUCAGAAAUGCUUGUGGAAGUCAACGCAUAUCUGGGUUCUCCUCCAUGUGCACUAGCUACUUCCACACCACGCGUGUGCCGUUUUGCUUUGUUUCUGUCUGUCCUCAUGGAAGUUUGGACUGUUGCAUUACUUGCCUCUGUCCUUGUUUUGUUUUGUUUUGUGUGUGUGUGUGUGUCAGCUGCAGCAGGAAUGAGGGACUGAGCUCCUCUCCAAAAAAAAAGAAAAAAACCAACAGUGUGUCUGGAGAGCAAGUGUUUAGAUGUAACGGCUGUGUGUGCGGUGCCGUGGCUGUGUCAUUGCCACUCUGUUCUGACUCUUUUAUCUGUUAGCUUCUACUGAUGAUGCAUGUUGGCAGUGUUUUUGUGUUUUGUUCCCUCUGAUGCACUUGGCCUGAGCAGUCUUUGUAUGUAUUGUAGCAGCGUCUCGUCUCCUCUCACUGAUCUGCCUUUAGCUUUUUUUUUUCCUCUUAAUUUCUUUCAUAUCUCUCUGUUUACACGCUAAUGCAGCGAUUCAUCCUCAUCCCUCCAUUUUGCCACUGUCCUCACUCCGUCAACAUUUUUCCACAUAUGUUCUUCCAUUUUGUAUGUCACCAGGACAACCUGCUCUAGUACGGAUGCAUAAUAUAUAUAUAUAUACAUAUUAAAAAGAAAAAAAGCAUUAAAUUUUAAUGAGCAGCAGCUAUUUAAAGCAAGUUUUUUGGUGGCAUGAUGCGGCUGUGCAUGUACCGGGUCUCUUUUAACGAUGAUGUUUUCCUUGUUUAGCUCACCCCAGCGUUCAAGUUUCCGGAUACCAAGCUGUGAGUUGAAGGGGAGCAGCUGAUGCGAGUGUGUUUGCGUGUGUUGAAUUAGUGGGCAGAGCAGUGGAAAAGAUGUAGAGAGAGAAACCGAGAGGUAAGACUUGUGCCGAAUAUGCAGGGCCGACCAGCGAUUCUCUGACAUUUCGGUCCGCAUAUCCCCUCCACUGCCCCGGAGACGAACCCCCAACCCACAGACACAAAGGCAAACCUGUAGCCCGACACGACUGGCUAAACGGGACCUUCAUGUCACUUCUGUCCCGACAAAGGUCGCUCAGAAAGGCAGAGUCUUUUCCCCUGGCCUCUGGAAAUUUCUGAUCUCGUCACAUGUUAUGUGCAGACCAUUAGAUAUAGACACAUUAACAUGAUUUCUCUUGAUUCAGGUCUAUUUAGGAUGCUGACAGUGCGGGUUAUUAACAGGGUAACAGAACAAAAGAAGAAAAGAAAUGCUUUGCCCAGACUGUGGACAGACUGUGAUUUGUCAUUUAAAAUGUGAUACUGUUUCAAAUUUCAAAGCAAUACUAUAAUGAAAUUAAACAAUAUAAAGACUAAAGCAUCCCUCUCCAGUCUGUUUCCAGCCUUGAUUUUUUUUCCCUUUUGCAUAACUUGGUAGUUAAAAGCAGAAAGCUUUUUCCUAAUUAGCGGAUUGAAAAAUGUAAAAUCUAAACAAACAAUUAACUCGGUUUAUGCUUCUCAUGUAUAUUUCUUUUGCGGAGGAUUUAAAUGGUAGAAUUUACUUGGACUUUAAAAAGCCUGCAUUGGUAUUUCAGUACAGACCUUAUGGUCUUUUUUCUCAAAUCCUCCAAAACAAACAAAAACACAAUGAUAAAAUAUAUUUAAAUGUUUAAAAUGUUCCUGUGGUCUCCUAUAAGCGUAAAAAAAAACAUUUUUUAUUGACUCUUUGAAUCCGUACACUUAAGGAAUAGUUUUUGUGACGGAUUAAAAAGCUUUACAGUGACAAAGAAUAAAUAUGUUAAAGGAUUCCUGUAAUGCCUUUAAAAUAACAGGAAGGGCUGUUUAAAUACUUGAUCUCUGAGGCUUCAUCUAAAUGUGAACAUUUGGUAACUUCUGAUAUUUCCUGCUAUGGCUGUAGCACUCAAGAGUUAAAAAAAACUAAACUAUUUCCAGUGUUUUUGCAUGUUAUAGCCCAUUUGAUGAAUACAAAACUAACAUAUUACUCUUAUAGAAGUGUGUUAUUUUGGCUACAGGUAUCCACUGGUGAGUAUUUUAUUUUUUUAAUACGAUAGAAAAAAAGAUUCUGAGUCUAGAACCUGAUGUUACAUAACCUAAAACUGUGAACAGCUGCAAAACAGCUGCAUCAUUGCGUCAGUCACGUUUUUAAUACAGUCAUAACUCCACAAUAAUAAUAAUAAUGUAAGAAAGACAGAAGCCAAAACUGAGUUGAAGAGUAGAAGUGAGUGUGAAAAAUGACUUGAACAUUUAGCUAAAAUAAAAAAGAGUUUGUAAAAAGAUCAAAUGUGUCAAAAAUGCCCUUAAGGGUCUCAUAUUGUGCGAUUUUGAUCAAGCGCCACAAUAGAUGUGGUGCUGUAGUGCUGAACCCAUAUGAGAUACAUCAAGGGCUGGCUUGAUUUGAGGUUGUUAGAGGACAAAUCUACAUAAGCAAAUUAAAUUUAUGUGAUAAGAAAGUUGUUUCCAAUAUGCUUUCUCUUUAAAAACAUAGUGGCUGCUUAACCAGGCAGUUUGAAAACUGUUCUAUUACAGCUGAAGUCAAUUUUAAACUUGUUAAAGACAGGAAAAGCAUAAUAUGGGACUGUUAAAUCCACUCUGUGUAGCAUAUCACCUUUGACCACCAGGGCCCAGCAUAUCAAGAGAAAGUUAACGUGUUAGCCCCUGGGCUAACACCACAGACUGUAUAAAACAAUGGACGAAGCAUUCGGUCACGUGACCCAUUGGUUUCUUUUUUUUUUUUUCAGCCACAUUGCUCAAGAAACAGAUGAGAACUCCUUUUGUCAAUCAAAGUUAGCUUUGGCUGCCAGCUCCUUCAAUGGAUCCCCACCAAAAUAUCUGCAGAGCUGCAGCAGACAUUUGCUGCUGAAUAUACUGUUCAACAUCUUCUUGCCGGUGAAAUAAAAAAUGACUGUCACGUUUAGCCGAUGCUGGGGUCGUACAAAUGGUUGGGUGCUUCGCCAAGAGCGGUAGCAUGACGAUUAGAAAUGAGGAACUGAUACUGUCAAUCAAUCAUAUAAGAAAUACAUUUAUUGUUUUAUAUAAAUUCUCCUGGCGUGGUACAAAAAAUUAAAAAUCACCCCCCUCAGAGUUGUCAUGGGUGUGAAAUCAAACAGUUUUUUUUAACCAGGCUGUAAAUAUGUUUAUUUUGCUCGAAAGUCUGACAUUUUAACACAGGCGUUAUUUGGAGAUUGACUCACUUUUGCAGAUAGCCUCAAGUGGCUAGUUGAGGAACUGCAACACAUCUUAGUUCCACAUGAAUCUCAAUCCUCACUCCUCCAAAUGGUGCUUAGUUAAAAUACAACAAAAGGUACUUUAGUGGCGCAAAGUGGGAUUACAAGAUGAAUAGGACAGUCCUCACUCAUGAGAACAGUAUUUGUUUAGUAGCACAUCAGAUCUUUUUGCCCCCAUGUGGUCAGGAGUGGUAUUGCUACAUAGAGUGGCUUUAACUUAAAGGAGCUGUAUGUAAGAGCAAUAAUAAAACGAAUCAUAAAAUGACCCCGAUAUGUCAACAGACAUUUAAAAAUCAUGUUCAUUUCAAAUACUUAUGUCACUGACAACAGCACUCAAGCCAGGAUAUUCCAGUUUAAAAAGAGGAGUUGCAGCCCUCAACUGAUGUUUAUGUUGUCAUUUUUUGUUUUGGCCUGAAGCUCCACCCUCCACCUAUCUCCCAAUCACCAAGUCAGUAUUGUUUCUGAAGCUCCACCCUCCACCUAUCUCCCAAUCACGAGGUCAGUAUUGUUUCGGCAUCCGGGUUGCCAGCUCGGCUCUAAUUAUCGCAGCCAUGGCAGCCUACGUUCCUGCUGCAUUCUGCAGCCAACCUGGCAACCUCUGGUCGGGGGGAGGAGGGGGAGGGUACACGCCGCUCAACAAUAUUUUGAAAGUGACUGCAGUACCAGUUUUGGCCAUUUCUUACAGACGGCUCCUUUAAGUGAAUUUGAAGCAAACUAAACAAGACAUGUUUGAAUAUUAUGAAAGUGGUACCAAAAGAACUUGUGCAAUUUUUCUUUUAGCUCAAAUGGUUCCCAGUAUAGGUGGAGAGGUUAAAAUGUUUGUACGGAACUGUCCAAGAUUUACUCUUGUUCACUCCGUCUCUCGUUUUCUCUUCCGUAAUUACUUUCUUGAGUGUGUUAGUCGCAUCUGUCAUGAUGUCAACUGUAGCCGUCAGUCAGUUUAAUUGUAACUGUAGUGAGAUAUAGUGUAGUGCCGUAAAAAGACGCAAAAUACGACAGGGACAGGAGUCCAAACGUACUUUAGUGGGAUGCUAGUGAUGGGAAACCUUGAGAGCUACACGACAGUUCUUAGAAGUCGUCCAAUAUUCCCUCAAACGAAAUUGAAACUUGAUGCUUUAACAUAAAAAAAAACAUUCAUUUUUGCUGCUUUAAUUAUGUAAUGAGAAAAGUCCAACAGGGGAAUAUUAAAGGCAAAUCAUCUUUUAGUGAGAAUAACUUUGUUUGCUCAUCUUAUUCUGUGUACCCUGUGAUUGUUUUUAAAGAACAUUUCGAAUUUCCUUUUGGAGAUUUGGAUGUGUUUCUUUUCAUUUUGUUUGCUCUGUAAUGUGUGAAUGGCUGUGUGAAAUAUAAACAUGAAUCAUAUGUUUGUUUAUAAAUGAAGCACUGUUUUGUACCACAGCCUCUCCUAACGUUAACACCUGUAGGACCACAUCAGAUAGUUUUUUUGUCUUUAGUUCAUUUUUUUGCACCUUUUUAAAAGAAUAGAAAUAAAUCAUUCAAAAGUGCAAAAUGUCUUUGGUAAGUCAUACAUAAUAAACACAUCCAACUACAUAUGAACGCUUACGAUAAGGUUUUAUUUACAAACUAAGCAUAUUUUCUUUCUUUUUUUAUUUCAGUCACAUGUUAUGACUAAAUGUGACUGUUUCUUACUGAAACAAAGUCUGUUUUUGGUUUAUGUACACAGAUCGGUGAUUUACAUGUUCUAUUACUUAUUCAGUAACUGCCUUAUACUUUCAUUAGGACUUUGCUAGUCCUGACAAAGAAAAAAAAAUGUUUCUGGAGACUGUAAAUGUCAAUUAAACAACAGCAGAAGGACUACAAAUUCAUCUGCCUUUUUUAUAUUUAAGGUCUGGCAUCUGCCCUCUGACUUUCCCAUCAAACAGCUCCAAUUCAUCAUAUUUAUACUCUUAAGGGGUAUUUAAUAGCAAAUAGAGGUCUAUAUUCAGGUCAGCAUUAAUUGUUUGGGUCAUUCUCAGCUCAAAGGGAACCCUGGGCCCAGUCUCAGCCUGUCCUGGCAGCAGAGCCAGAGCUUCCUAAGGAUGGGAGCACAGAGAGGACCACGGACUGCUGAAGUGGACAAAUCGCCUAAAGGCCGUCCCCAGCUCUGCGAGCUCAGCGCUCACCAGCCCGAGGGGGAAAAGCAGCUCUGGACUCCUCUUAGGCCGGCUGCCCCGCAGCAUGGCCAAAGGGGAGGCCCUGAACCCUUUCGUCUGUGUUCGAUUGAAAAAAAGAGUCGGGCAAUUCAGUGUUCUGCAGCGGCACAGAUUUAAGUUUAAAAGCAUCCUCAUGGAGAGGUGUGACUCAAGA